UUUUCAGUGUAUCCCCGUAGCUGUAGCUUUCUAUUAGGAUAUAAACAAUUCCAAAUAUAACUUUAUUAAUAUGUCUAUAAUGUGACCUUAAACCCCACUUUUCUGGAAAAUUCUUUAUCUAAACUACGUCGACUUUUAUUUUUUUGCCGACCAGUCUUAUCACCAGGUAGUUUACAUAUUGUAGUUGAAUCUGCCUUGUGUCAACUGAGUUAUCUAUAUUUGGUGUACGCUAAAACAUUAAAUAUGAACUCCUUGUAUUGGAUUUUGCCGUUAACAGUGUGUAUAUUUUAUGGAUUAAAUGGAGGCCAAGCACUGCAGCAAUCAGUGCAAUGUUAUUCAUGUGCAGGUCCAAGAAAUAGUACCAACUCUUCAUGUGCCACCAACAUCACCAGAUUAGGAGCUAGAAUAACUCCGAACUGUACAGGAACCUUCUGUUCGACGUUUUUGACAAAUAGUACUGUAACAAGAGGAUGCGUUUUUGUAAGAACAUGUCCUUACGGGCAAACCUGCAACUUCUGUAAUAGUACCAACUUCUGCAACAAUAUGACUUACCCAACAUAUCCGAAUAAACCAGGGUAUCCAGUUUAUCCUAGCUACCCAGGUCAUCCAACACACUCAAAAAAAGGAGGAGCAGAAGAAAUUACCGUAAGCAUAACAGCAUUGCUUGUUUGUGCCCUAUUAAACCUAAUAAUGCCGAAGCUGAAUUUAUAAACACUUUUAAUAUAAAUGUUAUAAAUAAUUGUUUUUCAAUAAAAGUUAUUAUUCUGAAA